AUGGAGGGUAACCCCCUUCACUAUGUCGAGAAGAUUCGUCCUAUUGCCGAUAAGUAUGGCAUUUGCAAGAUCGUCCCUCCGAAAGGGUGGAAGCCAGCUCCAUUCUGUGUUGACAUGAAAGGUGACAAACGGUUUCAAACCAAGCAGCAGCUGUUGCAUCGCAUCCAAGAAGGCAUCAGCUUUGGAGACGGUGUCGAGUACUCUGCCGGUCAGUACCAGCACAUGGCGAGUCAGAGGGCCAAAGAAUGGAAGGCCAAGCAUUAUCCCGACCAUGAACAGAUGACCAAGCUAGUAAACUCGGGAAAGGAGGAAGAAGAAGGAGUCCAGGAGAACCGCAAUAGGAAACGUUUCAUUCCUGAGAAUCUCGAGCGGGAUUAUUGGGAUAUCAUCGAGUCCCAUUCGCGCCAACUGGUCGUCGAGUACGGUAAUGAUGUCAACACGGACGAGUUUGGAUCUGGAUUCCCUCUGUCGGAGCGAGGUCGUUCCAUCUAUGGCAAGAAGGACCCCGCAAAGAUGGCUUUGCCUGAACCCAAGUUUGGGACGGAAGAUUACUACAGGGAGACGUGGUGGAACCUGAACAACAUCCCCUGUGCUCCAGACAGUGUCCUAAGGCAUGUCAAGGUUGGAAUCAACGGCAUCAACGUGCCCUGGAUGUACUAUGGGGCACUGUUUACAACUUUCUGCUGGCACAACGAGGACAACUAUCUCUACAGCAUCAACUACCACCACAAAGGUGCCCCUAAGCAAUGGUAUGGCGUCCCAGGCAACAUGACUGCGGCUGAUGGCCUGGAGAAAGUGUUCAAGAACUUUUUGUCCAUGAAGAUGCGUGAUGUCCCCGAUCUGCUCCAUCACAUCACGACCAUGUUUAGUCCACGGUUGUUGCAAAACGCCGAUGUUCCUGUGUACAAGCUCCUGCAGCACGAGGGAGAGUAUGUCAUCACCUUCCCUCGUGCCUUUCACGGUGGUUUCAGUUUGGGCCCCAAUGUUGGCGAGGCAGUGAACUUUGCCACGCAUGAUUGGAUUUCGUAUGGGUCCGAUGCGAAUGAAAGAUACCGCUCCUUUGCCCGGCCAGCUGUGUUUAGUCAUGACCGCUUGACUUUCACGAUGGCAAACCAUCUUCGCGAACAAAAGACAUAUUCCACAUGCAAGCUGCUGCUGGAUGAGAUUGAGAGGGUGGUGGGAGAGGAGCUCCGCCUUCGCUCGAAGCUUGUGGAAGCGGGUGUGCGCGAUGUUACCAAUCUCAUCAACCUUCCCAAGAAUCGGCUGGAUCAGCUAGACUCAGAGAGCGCAGACUACGACGACAAGCGCCUCUGUCAUGCGUGCAAGCAUGUUUGCUUCUUCUCUGCCGUUGCUUGCGAAUGCAGCCAGUCGAAAGUGAGCUGCCUUCGUCACAGUCACUACAUGUGCCGUUGUCCCAUGGACCGCAAGUACUUUAUGAUCUGGAGCGACGACGAUGAGCUCAAGACUACCCUGCAAAAAGUGCGCGAUCACUGCGAGUCUCUGAAGAAACUGCAUACGACACCAUCCCCCACAAAGCUUAUUCCUGGUGGCACGUCGGAUGGAUUGGCCCCAGGCGUGACAAAAGACGCCGAGAUGCACAAGAAGGACGAGAUCUGCUUGGAUCCUGUGGCUGAAGAUGUCAAGCAUGCGGUGAAGCACGACGAUCGGCAGUUCUCGGCAAUGAAGAUGGCUAUGCCAAUGCGGUCCAAAAUGUCCAUGGGUGGCCCCGCAGGCCCGCCGUCUGGGCUACAACUCCAACCUGCGCCAGCACCAGAACCUGCACCACAGCCUCCAGCAAUGGAAGCAGUUCCAAUGGUUCGCAGAGUCAGCCAGGAUGCAAGUGCCCCGUCGUCUGAAGACGAUGAUGACGAAAUCGAGAUCAUUGCGGUGAAGCCACCCCCAACAACAACAACCGUAUGA